GCGACGGCGCGGCCGGUGCGUGCGGCGACGCUGCGCCCGAUCUACGACGCGCUCCUUGUCCUGUGGGCGCAGCAGCGCGAGGCGGAGCGCCAGGACGCGGAGAAGGCCGCGCAGCUGUUUGUCUUCCAGGGCGAGGACGCCUCCGACGAGCAGGCGCGUCUCGACGCCGAGAUGCGCGCGCUGUUCCCCGUGUACGACGACGUGCUUGAGCCGGGCGACGCGCCGCGCGCGCGCCGCGCGGCGCCGCGCAUGGACGAGGCGACGGUGCGGCUCGUGUACGACCUGCACACGCUCCUGCAUCCCGGCACGCUGCCGCUGCCGACCGUGCGUGCGCGGCCGAGCGCCGCGGAGAUCCUGACGCGGCAGUGUGACGAGCUCGUGCGCUGCAUGGCGACGGGCGCGCCGCUGCCGGCUGCGCUGGACGGCGCGGCGGCGUACAUGCUCGCGCGGCUGCAGCGCGGCGCCGCUGCGGACGGUGCCCGCAACUUUUACCACGAUGCGCAGCCGGCGGAGCUCGCGCGCAUGGCGCCGCUCCUCGCGCGUCUCCGUGAGCGUGUGGGCGCGCUGCUCGGCGCGAUGCCUGAGCAGGUGCAGCUGCAGCAGCUCGCGGAGCGUGUGGAGCGCGUCGCGGCGCUGGACUGUGCGAGUCCCGUGGCGAAGGCGCUAGCGGCGAUUGAGCAGCUGCUCACGCACGUCGACGACUGGGAGACGUACGCGUCGUCGGCGCUGUCGCUGCGUGCGCACGCCGCCGAGCUCACCGCGCUUGUGGUCGAGUGGCGGCGUCAGGAGCUGCACGGGUGGUCGUCGCUCCUCGACGACGAGGCGGCGCGCGAGGAGGCGCGUGUCGCCCCGUGGCUCUUUACGCUGUACGAGGCGACGACGCGGGCCGGCACGGCGGCGCUGCGUGGCGAGCUCGUGGCGCUGCUCGACAGCUACGUGCGGGAGAGCAGCGCCGGGCAGCUCAGUGCGCGCCUGCGCCUGCUCGACACGCUCAGUGUGCACCUCGCGUCCGACGACCCCGGCACGAGCCGCCUCCUGCACCACAUGGCCGCGUACUUUGCGCAGUUCGUGCCGGCCGUGGAGGCGCAGGUGGCCGCGCAGCGCACGCGCCUGGAGCGCCAGAUGGCGGACUAUGUGCGGCUCGCGUCGUGGCGCGACGUGAAUGUGUAUGCGCUCAAGCAGAGCGCGCAAAAGACGCACGCGUACCUGCACAAGACGCUGCGGCAGUUCCGCGAGGUGCUGCAGCAGCCGGCGGAUCCGCUGCUUGCGCUGCAUGCCGAGGCGCGGCCGAGCGUCGCCGUCCGCCCGCUGGUGGGCGCGGCGUCGAGGCGCGUGGACGUGCUGCGUGGCAUGCAGCCCCGAGGCGCCGUGGCGCCGAGCGCGGAUGCGUCGCGCGCGCCCCACAUGCAGGCGGCCGAGCGCACCGUCGCGCGGCUGCGCGCGCUGUGUGCGGACACGCUGCAGCCGCCGCUCGCGUCGACGGCGUACGAGGCCGUGGUCGAGUUCGGCACGACGGUGCUCGAGACCGCGGACGACCUGGCGCAGCAGACGCCCGCGCUGGCGACCGAGGCGAAUGCGAAGCGGCUCAAGAGCCUGGCCUCGCAGAAGCGCCGCGCAUGGGCCGAGCUGCUCCAGGCGCUGCGGCGGAUGGGGCUGUCGCCGUUUCUGACGCCGGAGCGGCAUGCGCACAAUCACGAUCCCGCGCGGGUGUACGGCGUCUGUGCGCUGCCGCCCCACGAGGCGCUCGGCACCGAUGCGAUGCAUGCGUACCACGCGGCGAUGCUCGCGUGCCUCGCGCGCCUGCGCCUCGCGGUGCAGACGCCGGCGGGCGAUGUGCCGGAGCUGCCGCGCGGCGUCGCGUUCGUCGAGCAUGCCGUGUUUCUCGCGCUGCAGGUGCGCGAGCGUCUCGGGGCCGCCUUGCAGGGCGCCACGCGCGUGUGGGCCAUGGCCCAGCGUCUGUGUGCGCUUGCGGGCCCCCUGCAGUCCGUGUCGCCGACGGAGCGCCUCGCUAUCGAGUGCCGCGCCGACACGCUCGCGCGCGCGGCGGAGGCGCUCACGCAGCUUGCGCGGGAGGCGCCCGACGCGGUGCGAGCGUCGCCCCUGGGCGGGGACGUGCCGCUCGCGCGUAUCGAGGAGUGGGGCGCGCGCGUGCAGAGCGCGCACGCGCGACUCGCGGCGGUGUGCGCGACGUGGGCGACGAGCUCGCUUGGCCUCUUGACGGCGUCGGAGGUCGCGGUCGUGCAGGACAGCACGCAGGUGCUGCUCGAUGUCCACGGCGCGCUGGCCGCGCUGGGCCGCGAGGUGCCGGGCGUGCAAGUGCUGACGGCGCCGCUGUGUGCGUGGCUGGGCCCGGCAUGCGAGCCGCUGGCGCUGUCCGAUGCGCCGGCCUCGGGCGCCUUGCAAGCGGCGUCGGACCGCGUGUGCUCGUCGGUGCUGGUCAUUGUGCAAGAGCUGCAGGGCCAGGAGCCGCCCGCGGCCGACGACGAGCCGUGCCAGCUGCUUGCGGAGGCUGAGCGGAUCCAUGCGCUGGACCGCACGCUCCGGCCGAACCAGGUGGCGGACGCCAUGUGCGAGGCGCUCGCUCUCGCAGGCAGUGGCGACGUGACGUCGGCGUGCGUCGGCGACAUGGCGCGCUUCGUCGCGCCGUAUGCCGAGCUGCUUGGCACGCACCUGGCGGCGACGUCGCUGUGGUUCCGCGCGCUCAUGCGGCUGUGUGUUGUUCUGAGCGUGAUCAUGACGACGCUCGCGCAGAAAGGCUUCUGCCAGCCGCCGGACGAGGACGAGGCCGAGGGCAGCGAUGCGAGCGGCGAGGGCGGUGAGGCGCUCGAGGGCGGCACCGGCCUGGGCGACGGCACCGGCGCCAAGGAUGUGAGUGAUACGCUGCAAGACGACGAGCAGAUGGAGGAGCUACAGAACGGCGAGAACGAGAACGACGACCGUGGCGAGAGCCAAGGCGAAGACAAGGCGCGCGAGACGGACGAUAUGGACGGGGAUGUCCACAGCGUCGACGGCGAGCAGGAGGCGGGGCAGAGCGAUGGCGAAGAGGCGCAGGAGAAGGAGGUCGAGGACGAGGUCGGCGAUGUCGAUCCACUGGACCCCGAUGCCGUCGACGAGAAGAUGUGGGGUGCCGAGCCGGAGCAGGAGACGCAAGGCGAGUCGGAGGCGCAGGGCACCGCGGGCGACGACCGCGAGCAGGCCGGCGAGCGCCAGGAGGCCGAUGCAGAGCGCCCAGAUGCUGGUGACGACGCCGGUGACGCCGACGACGCCGACGACGGCGAAGCACAGCCGGAGCUGGAGGACAUGCCCGACCGCAACGACGGGCUGGGCCGCGAGCUCGACCAGGAAGCGCACGAGGAGGAAAUGCAGCUGGGCGAGCUAGAUAUGCCCGAGGGCGACGAGGAGCCGGGUGACGACGACGUGUCGCUAGACGAGGAAGAGGAGGAUGCGGCACCUGAAGAUACCCCCAACGAGGACCUCGACGGUGGGGUCCAGGCCCCCGAGGCCGACUCUGUGGAUCCGGCGGCUGAGCAGGGCAUGGAUCAGGACCAGGCUGAGGAUGGCGAUAAGGCCGACGAGGCGGACAAGGACAUGGACGAGGACGCGGGGCCUGACACGGACGUGCAGGAGGACGCCGAGCCCGGCAUGGAAGCGCAGGAGGACGCCGAGCCCGGCACGGACCAGCCCGAGGCGGAGCGGGGCGGCGACGACGCGGCCGGUCCCCGCGACGUGCCUGCGCCGCCUGCCAUGCCGCGGACGCUCGGGGAUGUCGCGGACGAUGCGAUGGAGUACGAUGCGACGCACGAGGGCGGCGGCGAUGAUGCGGGCGGCGCGGCCGGCGCGCAGGAACGGGCGAUAGGCGAUUCGGACGAUCUCGACGGCUCCUCUGCCGCGCAAGGCGGUGGCGCGCCGCAGUCGGCGCCGGAGGCUGGUGCCUCGGGUGCCGACGACGAGGCACGCCCGAAUCCCGUGCAGAGCUUGGGCGAUGCGCUUGAGCAGUUCCGCCGCGACGUCGAGCAGAUUCGCGAGGCAUCGCAGCACGACGAGGCGCCGCCGACCCGCGACGAUGGUGUGCCGGAAGCGAGCGAGAUGGAGCAUGUGGCGCCGGACGACGAGGCCGACACGCAGGCGCUCGGCACGGCCGACGAGCAGCAAGCGCAAGCGAUGAAGAACCUGAGCGUCGCGGAUGCCGAGCAGGGCGAGACGACGAUGCUGCCCGACGCGCCUGAGAACGAGCCCAUGCCCGAGGAGCCGCGUGCGCCCGCUGCGACGGAGGAGGCAGAGGCGCUGGGCACCCACGCGCACAGCACGCGCGAGGGCGCGCUCGCGGCGGCGGACGUGCGGGAGGACGCGGACGCCGAGGCCUCCGGCCCCGUGCGGGACGAAGAGGUCGAGCGGCUCGAUGAUGAGACGCGUGCGCACGCCGAGACGGCCGUGCUGCAUGCCCUCGAGGCGUUCCGUGCCUCGGAUGCUGAUGUGGCGCGAGCUGCGGAGCUGUGGCGCUCGUACUCGGCGCUGACUAUGGACCUCGCGUUCGGGCUGUGUGAGCAGCUGCGGCUGAUCUUGGCGCCGACGCUCGCGACGCGUCUGAACGGAGACUACCGCACGGGCAAGCGCCUGAACAUGCGCAAGAUCAUUCCGUUUAUUGCGUCCGACUUUGCCAAGGACAAGAUCUGGCUGCGCCGCACGAAGCCCUCCGCGCGCGAGUACCAGGUGCUGCUCGCGAUCGACGACAGUAAGAGUAUGGCCGACAGCCGGAACAUUCACCUGGCGUACCAGACACUGGCGCUGGUCGCGGGGGCGCUGACGCGACUGGAAAUCGGCGACAUUGGCAUCUGCCGCUUUGGCGCGUCGAUGGAGAUGCUGCACGAGUUCGGGUCGUCGAGCUUCAGCGACCAGCACGGCGGCCACAUCCUGAGCCAGCUGCAGUUCCAGCAGACGAGCACGGAUAUGCAGGCGCUGCUUACGCAGAGCAUGGAUGUCCUGCGCGACGCCCGGCAGCGGCACGCGUCUGUCUCUGCGGCGGACCUCUGGCAGCUGGCGAUUGUCAUCUCCGACGGUGUGUGCCAGGACCACGCGCGUCUCAAGGCGCUUCUGCGCCGUGCGACGGAGGAGCGCAUCAUGAUGGUGUUCGUCGUGGUCGACGCGGGCGCCGACGGCACGGCGCCUGGCGCGGGCGAGGCGCCCCGCAGCUCGAUCCUCGAGAUGAACCAGGUCAGCUACCACACGGAUGCGGCCGGCAAGCUGCAGCUCGACAUGAAGCGCUACAUCGACACGUUCCCCUUUGAAUACUAUGUCAUUGUGCGGGACGUCCAGUCCCUACCGCAUGUCCUCGCGACAACGCUGCGCCAGUGGGCCGAGCGUAUCCGCGAUGCUUAG